GGACACAAGUUGACUGUCGCCGGGUGGAAACACAUCUGUGAAGAUGAUUGCACAAUUUGGAGAGACGGAGAGUUGAAAACAAUGAGUAGACAGUUAGACGGUUGAUGAUGGGCUGGUGAAGCUGAGAACAAUUUAUGAGAUACCAGGCACUUUAGAGAGGCUACAGAGGUAGAAAGAAAAAAAGAAUCUUCUUGUGAUCUAUUAGUUUUUACAAUAUUUCAAGAAGAUUAGAAUCAUGAUAAACUUCGACGGAAUAAAAAAGAUCACGGAGAGACUGAAAUGGAAACAAGGAGACGAGGAUGAGAAUUGGGCAAAAAAGGCGAUCGACAACUUGAUGAAGAAGCUGAUAAAGCAUAACAAGCAGGCGUUGGAAAAUUUGGAAUUCGCGUUGAGGUGCCAAGGACAACAAAAAACCGAAUGCGUGACAAUUCCGCGGUCACUAGAUGGACGACUUCAAAUUUCGCAUCGAAAGGCACUUCCUCAUGUGAUAUAUUGCCGUGUCUAUCGUUGGCCAGAUCUUCAAUCACAUCAUGAAUUGAAAGCAAUUGAAGAUUGCCGAUUCUGCUACGAAUCAGGGCAAAAGGAUAUUUGCAUUAAUCCAUAUCAUUACAAAAGAGUUCAUGCAACUGGAGUACUUCCACCAGUUCUUGUACCUCGUUAUUCCGAGAAACCACCACAAGAAGUGCCCCCAACUCUGGCGAAAUUUCAGUUGAUGGAGAUGAGCGGAUCAAGAAUGCCGCAGAAUGUCAAUAUGGCAAACGUUAAUUUUACAGCCAACCAAUUUCAUCAAUACAAUCCAAAUGGAAUUGAGGAAAUGGAUACUUCUCAGAAAUUCGACAUUCCACCAGGAGUUCCAACAUGUCUCGUGCCAUUCGAUAAAGUUUGGGAAGAACAAUUCUGGGCAACUGUUAGCUAUUAUGAAUUGAAUACAAGAGUCGGAGAACAGGUUAAAGUGUCUUCAACAACUAUAACUAUCGAUGGAUUCACUGAUCCAUGCAUCAAUGGAAGCAAAAUUAGCCUGGGACUGUUUUCGAAUGUAAAUCGAAAUGCAACUAUUGAAAAUACAAGAAGACAUAUUGGAAACGGUGUCAAGCUAACCUACGUACGUAGCAAUGGCUCACUCUUUGCUCAAUGUGAAAGUGAUUCAGCUAUAUUCGUACAAUCUAGUAAUUGUAAUUAUAUCAAUGGAUUUCACUCAACAACUGUUGUUAAAAUUGCAAAUAAGUGUUCACUGAAGAUUUUCGAUAUGGAGAUUUUUAGACAGCUUCUCGAGGACUGCAGUCGCCGUGGAUUCGACGCCUCAUUUGAUCUACAAAAAAUGACAUUUAUUCGUAUGUCAUUUGUCAAAGGUUGGGGAGCUGAAUAUCAACGACAAGAUGUCACUUCAACACCUUGUUGGAUUGAAAUUCAUCUUCAUGCUCCAUUGGCUUGGCUCGACCGAGUUUUGUCUACAAUGGGUCCAACUCCACGGCCAAUUUCUUCAAUUUCUUGAAUCAUUUUUAUUAUUUUUCAAAUAACACUACCUUGUUGAAUUGGAAUCAGAAAUAGAAUAAUAAAACAAAAAAAAAACAAACAAAGA